AGUUCGCUACAAAGCAACAUGGAGGACGGCGGAGUGCUGAUUGAGAAGCCUCAGGAAGAUGUACCGGCCCUGUUGAAUUCAAGGCCCCAGACCGGCUUGUCUUUCUUAGCUCCUGAACCAGAAGAUCUGGAGGACCUUUACAGCCGAUAUAAGAAGUUGCAGCAGGAGCUGGAGUUUCUGGAGGUGCAAGAGGAAUAUAUUAAAGAUGAGCAGAAGAACCUGAAGAAGGAGUUCCUUCAUGCUCAAGAAGAGGUGAAGAGGAUACAGAGCAUCCCUCUGGUUAUUGGGCAGUUUCUGGAAGCAGUUGACCAGAAUACCGCCAUUGUGGGCUCAACCACGGGCUCCAACUACUAUGUUCGGAUUUUGAGCACGAUUGACCGGGAACUGCUGAAGCCCAAUGCCUCUGUUGCCCUGCACAAGCACAGCAAUGCACUGGUGGACGUUCUCCCUCCAGAGGCUGAUAGCAGCAUUAUGAUGCUCACCUCAGAUCAGAAACCAGAUGUGACAUACUCUGAAAUCGGAGGAAUGGACAUCCAGAAACAGGAAGUGAGAGAGGCUGUGGAGCUCCCCCUGACACAUUUUGAGCUCUAUAAACAGAUUGGUAUUGACCCACCCAGAGGAGUGCUGAUGUAUGGCCCACCUGGUUGUGGAAAGACUAUGCUGGCAAAAGCUGUUGCUCACCACACCACCGCGGCUUUUAUCCGUGUGGUGGGCUCUGAGUUUGUACAGAAGUAUCUUGGAGAGGGUCCGCGCAUGGUACGAGAUGUCUUUCGACUGGCCAAAGAGAAUGCCCCAGCUAUCAUCUUUAUUGAUGAGAUAGAUGCAAUUGCUACCAAGCGUUUUGAUGCACAGACUGGAGCUGAUAGAGAGGUGCAGAGAAUCCUUCUGGAGCUCCUCAAUCAAAUGGACGGUUUUGACCAGACUGUGAAUGUUAAGGUCAUUAUGGCUACCAACAGGGCUGACACACUGGACCCAGCCCUGCUGCGCCCAGGUAGGCUCGACCGUAAGAUAGAGUUCCCGCUGCCAGAUCGUCGACAGAAACGCCUGGUGUUCUCCACCAUCACCAGCCAGAUGAACCUGUCUGAGGAGGUUGACCUAGAGGACUAUGUUGCCAGGCCUGACAAGAUCUCUGGUGCUGACAUCAACUCUAUUUGCCAGGAGGCUGGUAUGCUGGCGGUGCGUGAAAACCGUUACAUUGUGCUUGCUAAAGAUUUUGAGAAAGCUUACAAGACCGUUAUCAAGAAAGACGAGCAGGAACACGAGUUCUACAAGUAGAAAAUAUUUGAUAUUGUAGACUGGAUAUCGGCACUCUGUUUCACAUUUAUUUGUACGUACUGUGUAUCAUUGAGGUCAUAACACUUUGAACCUUGAUUUAACCGUUCAAGGUUAACACUGCUUGUACUGGGACUUUGAUUUCUAAAGAUUUAUGUAUGUAGAUAAAGUAUGAAUGCACACAUGUACAUCUUGUGUGCAUUUUAUGUUUCAAUUUGAGGAAAAAAUCAGCACCUCAAAAAUGACCAAUAAAAUGUUUUUCAUAUAAA